UUCGCUUUGAGCCUGUAGCCCCAGGAGUACUGUCGAGCAGAAGGUAAACAACACGUGCGAGUGAGACGAGUAAGCGGCCAACGCUGUUGUGACUGUAACAUUGUUUACAAUAUGAAAGGGACAUUUCUCUAAGUGUGUUUACAUAUAGGUGAAUUGAAGCACUAGAAAAUGGCAGAAGAAUUUGAUUUUGACAAGAAAAAGGCUCAUAAAAAGCGCCAUGCAGGACGAAAAGCAGAAAAGAAAGCAGAAAAAAACAAGCAUGUGCAAGACUUGACUGCAAAACAGAGAAACCCAAAAGCCUUUGCCUUUCAUUCAGCAGUGAAGGCCCAAAGGACGUUUGUACGAUCACAAGAUAUUAAAGCAAAGAAGCACCACAUACCAGUUGUUGACCGAGCCCCAUUAGAACCACCACCUGCUGUCGUAGCAGUAGUGGGUGGUCCAAAGGUGGGGAAAUCAACUCUCCUGCGAUGCCUGAUUAAAAAUUACACCAACCAACGGCUAUCUGAAAUCAAUGGGCCUGUUACCAUUGUUGCAGGUAAAAAGAAAAAGUUAACAUUCAUUGAAGUUAACAAUGAUAUCAAUUGUAUGAUUGAUAUUGCAAAAGUGGCAGAUAUAGUCCUCAUACUGAUUGAUGCAACAUUCGGAAUUGAAAUGGAGGUUUUUGAAUUUCUCGAGAUAUGUCGUGCACAUGGAUCUCCACGCAUCAUGGGGAUCUUGAAUCAUCUUGACAUGAUGAAGGAUAAUAAGGUGUUGAAAAAGAAGAAGAAAACAUUGAAGCAUAGGUUUCAAAUUGAGUUGUAUCCUGGAGCCAAGCUCUUCUUUUUAUCAGGAAUUAUUCAUGGAGAGUAUUUGAAGAAUGAAAUAAAAAACCUAAGUCGUUUCAUCUCUGUCAUGAAAUUCCGGCCUUUGACAUGGCGAUCCACCCAUCCAUAUGUCAUAGUGGAUAGAUAUGAAGAUAUCACAAAUCCAGAGACUGUACGUCUUAAUCCAAAAUGUGACCGUGAUGUGGUUUUGUAUGGCUAUGUGCGUGGUGUACCCCUCCAGAAGAACCAGGCUGUCCAUAUUCCAGGUUGUGGAGAUUUUAGGCUUAAAGAUGUUAGUUUCCUGCCUGAUCCUUGUCCCUUGCCUGAACAGCUGAAGAAGCGUUCUCUUAAUGCCAAGGAGAGAUUGAUAUAUGCACCAAUGUCAGGAGUUGGUGGUGUUGUUUAUGAUAAAGAUGCUGUUUACAUUGACCUUGGUGGUUCACAUCAUGGAAACAAGAAUAAG